UAAGAUAAUGAGCAAAAUUAGCUAGGGACGGGGUCCCGGUUACUUUGAUGCACCUUUGAUGUAAUUUGGCUGAAAUAUGCGCAAAUUAACAAUUUGGGUAAAAAAUUCAGUGUACCUCGGGUUAGAGGCAAAAGUAUAGGACAGAUGUUGCUACUCCUGACGCGUAGAUCAGUCUAAAUAUAGCUUUAUUUGAAUAUGAGCCGUCACCCAACCACAAUAGCUGCACUUCCUGAUAAACUGUUUUGUGUUCCGAGUUUUACUCGAGUUUCUGUGCUCGAUCAGGCGCUCAACAUGGCAGCGCAAAGUGUUUUCCACUGGAUACAAGCCUGUGUCAUCCUGCUGCUCUGCUUAUCUGAAACGCAGCCUGCUGUCUCAGAAACAAGCAGAAGUUAUUAUGAUACCCUCAAUGUUGAGCCAACGGCAACUGACAGCCAGAUAAAAAAGGCAUUCCGAAAGCUGGCCAUGAAGUACCACCCCGAUAAAAACAAGAGCACUGAUGCAGAGAAGACUUUCACAGAGAUUACUGAAGCCUACACAGUGCUUUCCAACAAGGAGAAAAGGAGGCUGUAUGACAGCACAGGCCAUGAGGCUUUCCUACAAAAUAUGGCCUCUGUUGACCCCAAUGAUGAGGAUGAGACAAAUUUUCACUUCAGUUUCUCAGACUUCUUCCAUGACUUCGAUGAUAGUCCACACUUCCAGUGGAGCGUUCAUCAGGAUGGAGAGGAUGAAGAUGGUCCAUAUGAACAUUACAGUUUUGAGGUUCCUGGAUUCAGCUUCUAUUUUGAGGAUGGGGAUGAAAAUGAGGAAGAAUACCACUACUAAUAUUGGGUUUUUAUGUCCUCUGUCAUGUACAGCUGUUACUCCUUAAUUGUAUUGUCUUUUGUGAAAACAUUGUGUCCAUAUUAAAGUGUUUACCCAGUACAUAUGCCUUGU